CGUCUAAUUUAUGCAGGUGACAACGUGGACUGUUGGAUGGAAAUCCAGCACGGCAAAGGACCGUGGGCACCUCCCGUUAGCGGCAUCGUCCCGUUGGGUUCCACGCUGACGCUAGUCGUCGCAAUAAACGACUACAGAGGUGAAUUUGACAUGCGGGUGAAGUCCUGCGUGGCGUCAGACGGCGGAGGCCACGUCAUCCAACUAUCCGACGAAUUCGGAUGCGUGCUACGUCCAAAGAUGAUCAGCCGCUUUCUGAAGGCAAGAGGGGCAGACGAAAGGGCUUCAGUUAUCACGUAUGCCUUCUUCCACGCUUUUAAAUUCCCAGACGCGCUCAGCGUCCACAUCAAAUGCAAGGUGGAGAUCUGCAGGCAUGGGUGUUUGGAUCACUGUCAGCUACAGCCCGAUCAGGUGGACGAUGUGAAUCCGGAUUUGCUACAUUACGUCAAUCCUCUGGAGAGGAAGGACGAUAGGGUGUCUUCUGAGGCGCACAUGGUGCCGGACACCGUGGAGCAGGCCCUCCCCGAGGACAUGCUCUACGAGGACGUCAUACACGACGAUCGCGGCCCCGAGGAAGACGGCCUCCCCGCCGUGCAGAUGUCCUUGAACGCCAAGAGGCCAUCACAGGAUCCGGACGAAGCACCGCUGCUGGCCGUCGACGACGAGACUGAACUGGAUAUAACGGCGCUGCCCCAUAAGGAUGUCCACCCUAUGCCCGCCCUGGACAAGUUCCCCCACGGCCCUAGGACAUUCUCUGACCCCAUGGUGGCCUCCCCAAGAAGCCUUCAAUCCGAAUUCAAACCCUCUCAAACCACCUCUUCUUCAGAAGAUAGCACAACCGACAUACACACCAAGACAAAGAACAUCUCCAAGUCAAACCAGGAGCCGAUGGCCAAAAGAAAGCGACGCUCCGUGGUGGUGUCGGACAGGAAGGCUCGCAGCGCGGAUGUGGGUGUCAGCGGCCUGUACGAGGUCAUCUCCGAGGCGGACCUAGCGUUUAGUCCAGAUAGCCGCGCAGAAGCUGUCACUGUUUUCCAGGGUAGAAUCCGAGAGGAGGUUGUGUAUGGAAUUUGCAUGCCCGUGCCAGGUUUUAGCCUACUUUUUGUUCUGGUGGCAGUGUCAGCAGUUGUGUCUGCUUUGGUCGCUGGUUCUCUCCUCUAUCGGUACCAGUUGCAAAAGGAACACCUAGCAGAACGUUCGUUGCAGAGCAACGGAGCCAUACCCAUGAGUACAUUCUCCAAUUGGAUGGGACUGAGGUUCUUGAGGAUGAGGAAUUCAGCGACACCUUCCGAUAGGACUGAACAAAACGGGAAAGUGGGAGAAAGUUCGCUAGUUCUCAACGGAAAAGCCUCUGGGGAGGCUCAUCAGUCUAGGGAAUAA